GGUGGGGAUUCGCUCACUCUGAACUUGAUAGCUCUGCUGUGUAAUUUCACACAGAUCAUAUAAAUCAAUACGACACAAAAAGCUUCUGCGAAAAAGAAUCACCCUCAUGUUUCUGAAUGUCUCUCCUGUGGUGAUGCUGAACACAGAUGUACAGGCCUGAGGAGGACAGUUGGCUGCUGAAGUGAUUAACUGCCCGCUUCAGAUCGUUAUGCUGCAUUGUAAAUGACCAUCAUAUGGCAGCUACUGGGCGCUUCAGCACACAUGUGACGUCUGUCUGUUACUGCCCCAGAAACACCAGCAUGAGCAAAGCUUCCAUUUGGAUAUGGGUCUUCUCUUCUGGAGACUGGGAAGUCUAGCUAGUUUUGAAACAAUGGAGAAAACGGUAUCCAAAUCCGCUUGCAGUCUGUUUCUGCUCCUGGUUCCUCAAUGUGAUGUUAGGCAUGACAGGAAACACCUGAGGAGGACACCUGGAGGUCCUGCAGAUCUUCCCUGUGGCCAGUAAUGCUCUGCGCGUUAUUCUCCAAGGUCCCUCAGGCUGGCCACCACUCUCACGCUAUUUGUAGCUUUUGUGUAGCUAUAAAUGGAAAGUUGCCGCAACUUUAGUGCCAUGACUGUGGGCUGGUCUUGGACGUUGCUCUGGGGAAGUGCUCGGAACGCCAGCCAGCAGACCAGAGAGCAGCUCGCUGCUGUUGAAAUGUCCACCUGAUGCCACGGAGAAAUGGCUCUGGAUUCCCGGGAACCUCUUUCAGGGAGCGGCAGAGACGGUCCACAGAAGGUCUCCAGCGAUGUCCUGCCAAGCCAGCUCCAGCCUUUCACAUUCGUGCCGGUUCUGAAGAAGCUGCCGAUAAAAAGCAGAAUUCUACCGCGAGGGCAGAUCAGGGACCCUUCUGCGACGUCUACCGAGCAGUGUUCAGGAGGUCAGGAGGCCGACCAAAGCAUGUCAGACGGCAUGUUCAGGGCGGAGAUGGUGUUCAUCGGGGACUCCGAUGAGGGGGACGCCGGAGCUGCCCGGACCCAACGUGUCCCGGAUGAGCUCUCUGUGAAAGGCGAGGCACCAGCCCCGCAGUACAAGAUCAAGACCGGCUACAAAGUGCUGGCAGCCAUUCCCACCAACACCAUCCUACUGGAACAGCAGGCAGUAGAUGAUCACGUUGAGAAUCAGGAGAGGCCUGGAGACAGAGCAGACAAUGGCGAGGAGAGUCACCCAGAGAUCUGCUCGCCAGCCCAGCUGAGGCAGGAGUCCGAGGAACUGUACGCCGCCAUCGAUGAAGUCUUAGAGAACACCAUGCCCACGCGGCGAUGUCGCUCCGUUCCAGUAGCACUGACGAAACCCCUGAGCCCUGAACCUUCUAAGCCAUUCACAUUGUUGCCAAGACCAGUGGGACGUGAAACUAAAUAUGCUUUUUCCUACACGCAACAAGGCAGCCCUUUGGAGAGAAAUCUGACCAAGCCUGGAGUCAUACGUCCUGUGGGGGCCGUGACUAAAACACCCGAGGCGGACAAUAACGCGGAGUUUCAGCCAAAUCCCUUCAGGAAAUAUCUGCCAGAAACAUCGAUGGGCAAACAACUGGAGCCCAUUCCUAGCUGCCCAGGGCUUGCAGGCGCCCGAGGCACGGAGGGUGGCAUUAGUCCCGCGAAGGGCACACAGGUUCCCGAAGAGUCCGGUGAGGCGCUAGCUGGAAGGCGGACGCCAAUCCUCCGGAUAACCAAAGAGGACGGCAGUGACAUCCAGACGGUGCUGGCUGACUCCUCGGAAUACCCCGACGCGCCGGCCAGCACGCUGCUCGGCACACAGAACGAGACUCACAUUUAGAUGCAGGACAGGAGGAUGUGGAUGAGAGCUGGGAGGUGUCCAUAACUGGGGAAGAGGUGGUGCUGCAGGAGACACUGAACGUAGCAAGAUGUGCAUUAAUAUGACAGCCGUGUUUGAUACAAGCUGCUCUCUUCCAUAUUUGAUACGCUUUCACUUUGAGAUAUUGUUACUUUUACUUUUGCUGUCGGGAAAUUACAGUGUGAAAUACAGAUAAAAGGCAGCAAUAAACACUGUUAUCAUC